AUGCCGCCCAAGCUAGACCCGUCGCAGGUGGUGGAGGUCUACGUCCGGGUGACCGGAGGCGAGGUCGGCGCGGCUUCGUCGCUCGCCCCCAAGAUCGGGCCCCUCGGCCUCUCCCCCAAGAAGAUCGGUGAGGACAUCGCCAAGGAGACGGCCAAGGACUGGAAGGGCCUCCGCGUCACCGUCAAGCUCACCGUCCAGAACCGUCAGGCCAAGGUCUCCGUCGUCCCUUCGGCCGCGGCGCUCGUCAUCAAGUCCCUCAAGGAGCCCGAGAGGGACAGGAAGAAGGUGAAGAACAUCAAGCACAACGGCAACAUCAGCCUCGACGACGUCAUCGAGAUCGCCAAGAUCAUGAAGCCCAGGUCCAUGGCCAAGGAGAUGGCCGGGACUGUCAAGGAGAUCCUCGGCACCUGCGUCAGCGUCGGCUGCACCGUCGACGGGAAGGACCCCAAGGACCUGCAGACGGAGAUCGACGACGGCGAGGUCGAGAUCCCCUCCGCUUAA